GUGCGGCAUGUUAAAAAAAUGGCCUGCCGCAGUUGCAGUAGCCGUGAUACUUACGCUGUCAGCAGGCUUUCAAGAACAGCAAAAAACGGACUGUUCACAGGAAUGCGACUGUUCCACGAGUCGGAACUUGGUUCGAAAGUGCGGGCCAGAGACAGGAAAAGGGACAAAGGAUGACUGCGACUGCUGUCGGCGGUGUCAGAGACAGGGAGGCCUCGGUGAGCCCUGCCACGCCGCCGCGCCCUGCGACGCUAGUCAGGGACUUUCCUGUCAUUACGACACUCAGAGACACAUCAGUGUCUGCAAAAGAAUGGCUGGGAAACCAUGUAUUGUAAAUAACUGCACAUAUCCGGACGCGCAAACAUUUACUUUAGACUGCCGAACGCAGUGUGUUUGUCGAAAUGGGACCUACGCUUGUGCCUCUCUUUGUCCGCAAGAGAAUAUUCUUCCUCUGAGCAACUGCUUGCAUCCAAGAUUAGUUGAUGUCCCUGGUCAAUGCUGCAGGGAAUGGAUGUGUGACAGUCAUAAAGCUCAGAGACCGCCAGAGUGCCUGCCAAACUUCUCUCAAUGGAGCUCGUGUUCAAUCGAGUGCGGUCUUGGGUACUCGCACCGGGUAUCCAACCUCAAUCCACAGUGUGUUCUCAAAAAUGAAACUCGGCUUUGCCAACUCCGGCCGUGUGUCGCACCGUUGCCUCCUGUCAAGUCCAGGACUCACCAUCACAUCAGGAAAGGACAUGAGUGCCGAGCAACGGGGAAGCUGCCGGGGCCAGUGUGGCUGACGUUCGGGCGGUGUCGGAGCCGGAAGAAGUUCCGGCCACGGGUCUGCGGGCAGUGCCCGGCCAAGUGCUGCGCACCCGAGCUGAGCACGACCAUUAAGGUGGAGUUCUUCUGCUUCGAACGGCAUUCCUUCAACGCUUCCCUCGAGGGCACCAGCUUCUGGCACCCCGUCUCCUCCGGCGACCACCUCAUUGGCGAGUACUAUAGCAUCUUCCUCGACGUCGAGUGGGUCCUCAAGUGUCGCUGCCCCGAAUGCAAGAAGCAGAACUAAGGGCUCUUUCUUUCAGGAAAAUCCCCCGAGGGCACCCUUCACGUUACGUGGCCGCUGCCGCUGCUCAGAGUGUCAAGAAACACGACUGAGUGGCAUCACUCUCAGGGCAAUCGCAAGAGAGCGCUAGUGGUGCUCCAUGUUGGUAUUUGGAACUACAAUUUCCGGCUCAGUUUACAAACACCGUAUGUACCAUUAGUUUCCUUCUACACAUACAAGGUUUAGGUGAGGCAGAAAUUUUAGUUCUCAAUUGCAAAAUGUAGUCCAAUUCAACUUCGAUGAUGUCACUCUGUCGUUUAGUGCAAAAAAUCUAAUUUGACUACAUUUUGCGAUCCGAAACUACAAUAUUUGGAAACAUCAUCUGUAAAAAUAAUCUUGUGCAUUGGGAAACUAAUAAUGCAUACGUUUUGUCUAACCUGAGCCAGAAAGUGUAAUUGCAAAAAUGUAAAUUGUAAAUCGCAAAAUACUGUCUAACUGAGCACCAUCUCACUCGAGGCAAUCUCAAAAGGGUGCUGGGGACUCAAAUUUUUCGGUAAAAGAGGAACCUAAUCUUUUUUCGAGUGUAUAUUGGAGUAAAUAUUCAUGAAGUGGACUUUGUUAUCUCUUUUGCGAUUUAAGUGACACCGUCUAAAAAUCUGAGAGGGAACCAACUGGUUUCAAUUCUCUUUAGUGAUUUUUUCCGUUUUCACCCAAAACUCAAUUCUCAGGAUCGAAAACAAAUGCAUUUUACGGCAACGUAGAGGAUGGUAGUCCCCCUCAACUGUUUCAAAUACAAAUGUUGUGUACAUAUAAAUUCUACUUGGAAUUAAAAUGGUUUGUUGUUAAAAUUCAGCACCAAAUAUGCGUCCUCUGACAUGAUUUCACUAAAAACUUGAUAGACACAUCAGAAGCUUAAACAUACCUUUCAAGUGAGAAAUGAGGGUGUUUUCUGUAAUCGUCCAUUCAAAAUCCCUGCUAGCCAAAAAAUGGAGUCUACAUAAGUCAAGUUUGUCCUCUUAAAAUUAAUUUUGAUGUUUUUUGUGAUAAAUAAUUUUCUCAGUGAGCCGGAUUUUUCCUGUCAUUUUUAGUAGUUCCGUAUAGAGAAAAACGAGAUUUUUUGGAGGAAAAUUGUAGGUACCUCCCAGGCGUCUAGUUUGUCUGCAAGGAAGAUUCGUGCUGCGUAAAUUUUGAUUUUUAAGCAGAAGAGAAUUAUGAGCCUUCGGAUCUGAAUGUAAACUAUCAAACCCAAUUUCUCUAUUACAGAUUCAUUUUGAUUACUGUUAAAACACCCUCUCCGUGAAAUUUUGAUGAGAAAACAUACCCGACGGUGUCCUCCAAUUCCUAUUUUUUCUAGAGAUCUAGUCCAAUGACUGCUUACGACAAGCAGGUCCUCAUUUUCCCAUCAAAUUUGAUUCUCAACUCCUUUCAAAUGCCACCACUGGGUCUCUUGAGUCAGAUGAGUCGGAGAUAAGAUCUGAAAAAUGUGUUUUAUUAUGUAUCAUAUAGAGUGCAUUUUAUCGACAAAAAAAAAUUGUAAAUUUUAAUACAAAAGCACUUUUUAAAGAAGUCUCUAUUAGUAAUACAUGCGAACUUCUUAUUGAAGCAUAUGGUAAUCAGAAGAGGUGAAUCUCUUUUUAUAUUUGAAGUGGUUAUUCGACGGUACGGUACCGUCGAAUAAAACAAACGUUAUUCGGCCGUAUAUACCGCCAAAUUAAACGUUCUUUGGCGGUACGGUACCCUGACUAGAAAAUCUUCUAAGUAUCGCUAAGGUACCUUUACCGGAUAACUUUAUGACCGCUUAUCGGAAAAUUUACAAAUGCUGAGGUGCCUUUACUGGAUGACUUUUUAACCGCUAACCAGAAAAUUAAUUUCCAACCGCUAAGGAGUCAACAGUAGGUAUACAUGCCGCAGGUAAUAUCACAAUACCAGGUACUUCAGGCCGAAUGUAAAUGCACUUCGGUAACUCAGUGCUUCGAUGUUUACGUACACUCUAACUGUCGUCCGCACGCACUUUAGAAAAUUUCUGUAGACAAACGUAGUUAAAAAACUUAUGAAUAUUUUAUUGCUAUUACACGCAGUCAACAACUUGACGAAAACACAACUGAACGGUGAAACUGUGCAAAAUUUUUGCGGGAGCCCGAAAAUACGAUGCCGGUCUCUGAGGCGAGUACUGGUGGGUUAUUGAUUUUUACGCGUCCAAGAUUUCCUUCCUCACAUAAUUUCUCCUGAUAAAACCGAUAGAUCACCAUAGAUGGUGCUUGCUUGCUCAUCCGGUGGAAGCAUCCUACCUAUUGGAAAUUUUCUGAUUAGUGGUUAAAAAAUCAUCCGGUAAAGGCACCUUAGUAGUAGGAAUUUUUCCGGUUAGCGGUUAAAAAAAGUCAUCCGGUUAAGGCACCUUAACGGUAGGAAAUUCUCCGGUCAGCGGUCAAAAAGUUAUCCAAUAAAAGCACCUUAGCAAUACUUAGAAGAUUUUUUGGUGAAGGUACCGUACCACCAAAUAACAUAACAGUUUCUUUGAUGGUACCGUACCGCCAAUUAAAGUUUUAUCCGACGGUACCAUACCGCCAAAUAACGUCAUCCUUUUAUUUCUUGAGAAUGUGUUCUUCGUCUUUUUUCUUUUGGUUGCAAUUUUGUGUCGAAUACUAAUAAUACUAAUCGAAUUUGUGUGGUGCGACAUCAUUCUGAGCAUUUCUUAGGCAUCAGCCUGUAAGUCAGGGAAAUUGAAGUGCUUAGUCCAGUUGGUAUUUACGCGUUCCUUACGCUGUUUGUUCAAGCAGCGUAAGGAAUCCGUAUUUAUGAUUUGUCAGAUUCCUCCAAUGUUUUAUUAUUAAUUGUUUUCAGGAGGUAGCACAAUUAUACUUUGCAAAAAGAGCAGAGGCUUUGGAAAUACCUUCUUCUGACAGUUUCUGAGGAAACAUUCAGACAUAGAACAUAAUAAGUUUACGAGCAAAAGCGAUUGUCAAAAGUUUGAUACUCUAAACUUUCUCCGUUCAAAUUCAUUACAAAGUAAAUAUUUCAUUUGAUGCAGGCUGCCGUGGUAAAUGCUGAUUCCCUUAAGUGCUGUAAAAUAGACAAAAUUCAAUGUCACACGUCACAAACUUGUAAAAAAGGCUCUGAUCAAGAACCAAUAACAUAGAAAAGUGCUAUUUAUCAGGUAUAUGGUGUCUCAUGUCACAACUCCUUACUUAUUUGAUUUGAAUACUCAGUACAAAUGGAGAGAAUUUACAACUACCCGUGUAUAUUGUAGAAUAAGUGAACGAAAUUGUAUUUGUCUUCUUUUAAUAUAAAUCUGUAUUUUUCUCGAA